CAGUGAUGCCACCACUCUGUGCUGUUCUUGUGCUUUUCAGCAAAGUCUUUGGUUUGCUUGGGAAGAAUGUUGAUCAGCCUUACGCGCUGGUGAGAGCUCAGCUUGGAGACACUGUGACUUUCCCAUGUUUCCAUGGUCACAGUUCUGUGUCCCAAGUCAGCUGGUUUAAGCAGCCUCUUGGACAAAAGCCUUGGCUUAUAGCACUAAUAAUGAACCAUGAAUCAGAUGCUAUGUUGUUCAAUGAGUUUAAAGACAGUGAACGCUUCAGUGCUAAAGCAGCAAAGGGGAGCUUUAACCUGACUGUGUCACGAGUAGAGCCGUCUGAUUCUGCAACAUACUACUGCACUCUUACGCGCUUCAGUAAGAUCAGCUUUGGAGAUGGAGCUACUUUAAUGGUGACGGGUUCAGAGUCACUCAGCAGGACAGUAGUACUGCAGCAGCCCGAGUCUGAGUCAGUGCAUUCAGGAGACUCUGUGACUCUGCAGUGUACAGUACACACUGAGACCUGUGCAGGACAACACAGUGUGUACUGGUUCAGACAGGGCUCAGGAGAGUCCCCUCCAGGAAUCAUUUACACCCAUGGAAACAGGAGUGAUGAGUGCCAGAGGAGCUCUGGGGCUGUGUCUCCCACACAGAGCUGUGUCUACAACUUCCCCAAGAGGAACCUCAGCUCCUCUGAUGCUGGGACUUACUACUGUGCUGUGGCCACCUGUGGGGAGAUCCUGUUUGGGAACGGGACCAAGCUGGACAUUGACCGGAAUGAAGCUUUGCCUCUUUAUUGCAUGGCGGGAGCUUUGGCAUUGAGUGUGAUCCUAAAUAUUGUCCUCGCUCUGAAAAGGAGAAAGAGCUGUGAGAAUUACAAAGGAGCGGCAUCAAACAACCAAGUGCCGGGAGAAGACUUGUCGAGCGGACAGUGUCGAGAUGAAGCAAUGAAUUACGCUGCUUUGACUUUCACCACCAAGAAACCCAAAGUGAGGAGGAACAAGAGGGAAGUGGAGAAAGUAACGGUUUACUCAGAUAUGAGAUGUAGAGAUCGUGAUUAUCAUCUCAAGUCCUCCUCUUAUCUGUACAGUUUGAGUUUUACAGCGCAGAGGACAAACAGGGUCUCAGGCAGAGCAGAGUCUCCAGAAGACGAGAGUUCAGAUACAGUGAUGCCACCACUCUGUACCUUUCUUGUACUUUUCAGCAAAGUCUAUGGUCUGCUUGGGAAUAUAUUACAGCCUGACGCGCUGGUGAGUGCUAGGAUCGGAGACACUGUGACUCUCCCAUGCUUCUACACUGCACAAGAUCGGCUUGAUAUCAACUGGUUUAAGCAGCCUCUUGGACAAAAGCCUCGGCUUAUAGCAGUACAAAUAAACUAUCAAAUACAUGCUGUAUUUUUCUAUGAGUUUAAAAACAGCACACGCCUCAGUGCUAAAGCAGCAAAGGGGAGCUUUAACCUGACUAUGUCAGGAGUAGAGACGUCUGAUUCAGCCACAUACUACUGCAGUAUUACGCUUUUCAAAGAGAUCAGCUUUGGAAAUGGAACUACUUUAAUGGUGACGGGUUCAGAGUCACAUGACAGGACAGUAGUACUGCAGCAGCCUGAGUCUGAGUCAGUGCAGCCAGGAGACUCUGUGACUCUGCAGUGUACAGUACACACUGAGACCUGUGCAGGAGAACACGGUGUGUACUGGUUCAGACAGGGCUCAGGAGAGUCCCCUCCAGGAAUCAUUUACACCCAUGGAACCAGGAGUGAUGAGUGCCAGAGGAGCUCUGGGGCUGUGUCUCCCACACAGAGCUGUGUCUACAACUUCCCCAAGAGGAACCUCAGCCCCUCUGAUGCUGGGACUUACUACUGUGCUGUGGCCACCUGUGGGGAGAUCCUGUUUGGGAACGGGACCAAGCUGAAUGUUGAGGGGAAUGAACAUCUUCCUCUUUAUUGCUUGGCGGGAGCUUUGACGUUGAGUGUGAUCCUAAAUAUUGUCCUCAUUCUGAAAAUGAGAAAAAGCUGUGAGAAAUGCAAAGGAGCUGCAUCAAACAACCAAGUGAGCGGAGAAGACUUGGCCAGCAAACAGAGUCAAGAGGAAGCAAUGAAUUACGCUGCUUUGACUUUCACCACCAAGAAACCCAAAGUGAGGAGGAACAAGAGGGAAGUGGAGAAAGAAACGGUUUACUCAGAUAUGAGAUUUAGAGACCGCGAGUGAAGCUUUCCAUAAAAAUUCAUCUUCAUCACAAGAAUGAUCAAAAUAUUCCCUUGCUAGAAUUGGUGAACAUCAUACUAUGUGGCUGUAAAUUUUUUUACACGUACAGCAUUUGCCUGCAGCUGUGCUUGUUUUUUGAUUCCUCUGUUUUUCAAAUACACAAAGUAAAAAUUGUGCACUCUCUGGCAGUAUCUGAUAAAUAGUCCUCAGUGUUGUUGAAUGGGUUUGGGGCAGUAGUGUAGUGUACUGCUUAGGGAACAGGACCCAAUUCUCAGGUGACACACUGCCCUUUGGCCUGUAUUAUUGAGCAAGGAUGUUAUUCUGAAUGACUUCAGGCUAUAACUGUAUAAAAUGAAACUGUGUGCACAUGUAAAAUUGCACGAGUGCCUGCUAAAUGCCAGUAAUGUGAUGUCACACAGAGAUGGGAGAGUGAAAUAUUAGGACUACAAAACAAGGUCAGACUGUUAAUGUGUCAGCAGUGAUUCACUGAUUAGACGGAAUCAAAAUGUUUUGCCGUGUACAGUUUUUGUGAUUCAGAGCUAGUCAGUGAUAAGAAUAAAUAGUAGAUCCAUUCGUUUUGGGGUUAAUAGACAUAGUUUCAGCUGGGGAACGUGUGGUUAUUUCCCCAACUGUUUAUGAAAGGUCAGAUGCUGUCCCAACCACUUUUCAUACAAUAAAAUAUUCAUCACACACAGUGGCGUACGACAGUUUGGCCACCGCUGGUCAAAUUGCAUGCCUCUCUAAAACUUCUCUCUAAAUGUAUCUCUGGUGAUUGUGGGCAAAGAGCUUUUAUUUUUUCUGUCCAAAGCACUUUGUGCCAAAAAAGCCUCGCAUGUAACUGUUGUGUCCGCAGGUCCGUUGCAGUGGUAUGUAAGUUUUGCUUUGCAUACCCAAACAGUCUACAGGCAGUGCUAUUGGAGUCAUUAGACGAACACUGGCUGCCAAAUAAAUUCAUAUAUCAGACAAUCAGCAUCAAUAAAUUGGAUACAUUUCUGAUAAAAA